AGAUCCAGUACUAUAACUUUUAUUUCAAGUAUUUUUUCGAUUAUAUUCAUUUAUGGAGAAAAAUCUAAAAGACUCAAAAAAUCUUCAUUUCCAAUGUAAAUUUUUAGCCACAAUUCAAAAUUCGCAAAAAGUAUCACAAAUUGGUUUAAACAGUAUUAUAAGUCGCAUCAAGAGCUACAUUUAUUGUAUUGUAUAGAUCCAGUACUAUAACUUUUAUUUCGAGAAUUUUUUCGAUUAUAUUCAUUUAAAGACAAAAAUCUAAAUGACCCUAAAAAUCUUCAUUUCCAAAGUAAAUUUUUAGCCAUAAAUUAAAAUUCGCAAAAAGUAUCGCUAAUUGGUUUAAACAGUAUUAUAAGUCGCAUCAAGAGCUACAUUUAUUGUAUUUGUUCCAAAAUCCAAUCCAAAAUAAAAUAGUAGAGUUGAAUUGGUUCGUAAAUAAAAACGGUUCUUUAAAAGAAAAAUGGUAACGUAAUUAUUUCGGUUUGGUCUAAAAUUUGGCGGUUUUCUCGCGGCCCAGCGUGAAAAGUGACAGGUGGCGGCCAUGUGACUCUCGCCAAGCCCGCAACGCAAACGAUGGCAGAGCGCGAAUCGAAAUCCAAACGGAAAACGCUGGGCAGGAGCGCCUCCACCGAAAGUACCGAAUACUCGACCACCAUGGGCAGAUCGGUUAGACGCAAGAAACCGAAAGAACGGUGGUUGCUCUCCCGGAAAACUUGGAGGUACAUGGCCGACGCUGGCAGGAAGCUCAUACCGGACGGUGCGAGGAACUGUCCGGAGGACGUACCCAAAAUUGAGGCGUACUUUCAGGAAGUAUGCAAAAAGGAGCCGCGGUUUCUGCUGUGGCGGAAAAAUUCCUAUCCUGGAGCGUUGGGAUUCCGUAGAAAGCGGAAGCAAUCGAGGAAGGGAGGCAGUUGCCGCAAGGCGGUGUCCGCUGACGACGUGGACGUCGUUAAGCCCGAAAGGCCUCGCGAUCUUCUGCUCGAACCCAAGGUGCAUGGCAAGUUCGACUUAAAGAAGAUGAAGGAAGACUUCCUAAACAGCCCGACCACGUCCGCCGACUACGGCGGGUUCUCCUUCGAGCCUAGCGACGAUAAACUGUUGAUUAAUAUGCUCGAAAGGUACCUGCGGAUUGCGGACAGCGGCGGCAGCCACGACUUCGACUACCAAGACCUUAUGGACAAAUUGCAGAGGCAUUUGAGUACAGCGAGUGACAUCGUCUCCAAGGGGGGUUACUCCGCUUACUCGCCCCAGCAACACGUGCACUUCCAAGGGGACCACGUGCAACGGACACUGCGUGACACUUUGAGCCGGUAUUUCAGCCACUCGAGCAAUCGCGACAGGGUCAUUUCCGAUUUGCUCACCGACCGGAAGGCCCUGGAGAAGCUUUACUUCGAUUUGAGGAAGGCUAGGGGUUUCAGAGGCGGCCGCGGCGGUACCGGAUACUCCUGCGGCCCGACAUACACCAACAGGACCUAUAAUAAGUCCCACGCGCCCGAUUGCACCGUCGGGCAACAUCCUCCACCUCUAAUCGAAGUGGAAAGCGAGAGUGUCGAGGUCAGUUUGAUGAGCAGGAAGGUCCAGACGGUUUCCAUUCCCGAAUCGGUGCUGCAGGAGGUCGAAGCCGAGUACAGGAACAAUCUGGCCGAGGAAGACGAGAAAAGGGACACCGUGAAGCCUUCGAGAAGAAGGAGCAGCGUGGAUAACGACGACGUGUCCCAGUCGGUGAGCGACACCAUCAAAAGGUACCUCCGCAUGGCGCGUAAGAAGAGCGUCGAAGCGGACAACGCGGACAGGUUCAAACGCGUCAAUUACGACCGGAACCUGCGCAACAUCAAGGCCAAAGGGGAGAUCACCAAGCCGGGCGACGACGACGGCUUAAACAAGGGUUGCCAGACGAACGACGAUUGGAUUUUAACGUACCGCGAGCUAAAAAUGGCCGAAACGUACGAAACGUCGGACGUGGAGAGUCGCGCGUCGAGCGCUCGAAGUAGCGUGGACGCGGGGGCGUGCGACGACGGUGUCAAAUCGUCCCCGUCGUCUCCUCCGUCCGUCAAAGGCGGCCAUUCUUUCUUAAGUCAAUUGUUGCACGGCAAACACGAUAAGAAUUCUUCUUCCGCAGCGAUGACCGCCAUGCAGAAGAGCAAGUCGUCGUCGAGCGUCGUGCACCAAGGCAGCAAGCUGGUGGCGAAGAAGAUCUUCAGGUCCAGGUCCAAGAGUCAGACGAGGCCCUCGCAGAACACGUGCAGCUGGAUCCCUCGGGGCAGUUGUGUAUGGAACAGCAUCAAUGGUCGGCAGGUGGUGCUUGGCGAUACAAACCUGCUGCAUUUGACCGAAAUCGAGAGGAAGGUACUGCAGAAGGUCUCCAUAGCAAAGCUCCAAGCCCUCAAUUUGGGUGUAGCAGUGAAAAUUCCUUCGGAGACGGUCGGUGCUGUCCCCACGAAACCGAAGAGAAGACCUUACCUGUUGAAACGCAAGGCACUUACCACAAGUAUAUUCGAUGGGGGAAGAAAAGAAGAUGGUAGUAGUCCGAGCGGAAGCGGCUUGGUUUUCGGCAUUCCUUUAACCCAAUGCGUAGAAAAUGAUCGCCUCAGCAGGAUCGCUGCCGGCGCUUGCAGCCCUCUGCGCAGUGGUCCGGACUUCGUGGGGCCUCCAGAAGAUCCAGAACCGAUCGCAAGGCACAGCUCUCGGGCCAGCUUUAGCUCCCUCAUCGACGCCUCCAGAUGCGAAGAGGGCGGGUCUUGCGAGAGUCUCGUCAGACGGGACAGGAUGGCCGGUAGCGUGCCGGGUCUGCUAGACGCCAUUUCCUGCGGCUCCGUGGGUGAUCUGCCUUGCGUCUUCGCCGAAGACGAAUGCGCCUUCAUUCCGAAUAUCCUAAGCGAGUGUAUAAGGCAUUUGGAACGGCACGGACUGCACACCUCCGGAAUAUUCCGCGUUUCCGCCUCCAAGAAACGCCUCAGGCAGUUGCGUGAAGACUUCGAUUGCGGCCGGGAGACUACGUUGGACGAGUCCCAGUGUCCCCAUGACGUGGCCAGUCUGCUGAAGGAGUACCUGAGGGACCUACCGGAUCCACUUCUCUGCAGAGAUUUGUACCACGCCUUCGUGCACACUCAAAGAAUACGGAACCGCAGGUUGCAAACGGAGGCCCUUCAGCAUUUGGUGCACCUGCUCCCGCCAGCGAACCGAGACACUUUGUACGCGCUGCUGAGUUUUUUGGCCACCGUCGCCAGGCACUCCGAUGACGGAAAAAACGACCUAGGAGAGGAAGUGGCCGGCAACAAGAUGGAUUCUAACAAUUUGGCUACAGUAUUUGCCCCCAACAUCCUCCACUGCCUCAAACCCGGCUCCAAGGACGUAACAGAACGUUCGGAGGAUCGUCUGGAUGUGAUCAAUGUCGUGCGCAUGCUGAUCGACCACUUCAAACAGAUAUUCCUGGUACCGGCGAAGCUUCUGGACGAAGUUUACGUCCACAUGAUGGACUCGCAUCCAGAAGAGCUCGACCAAUUGCUGAACAAGAAGGACGGAUUGGCCGGAGCUGAUGAGUCCGUGGACGAACUAGAUAGCGAGACUAAUUCCGCUCCAUGGACUCCUACCCACCCGACUUCGGAGGUUUCAUCGGAGCACGCCUUUGAUCGAGCAACUGUGGCCUUGUACGAACCGAAAAGGACCUAUUCUAGGGAAGAAUGUCUCCAUGAAGCCGCGGCAACCGGAGGUCCUAAUAUAGGGAUGAGGAUAAGGCACAAGGACAGGAUCAAAGAACGCAGCCUGCGACGCAAACGGGAGAAAGGCGAAGACACUGGCUCUCCAUCUUCCUCGCUGAUAUCCAGGAUCCGGAACCAAAAGGACGACGAAUACCAGUACACCAAGAACAACCGAUCUUCGUCUCUGGAGAGUACGAGCUCCACCCACACCGACUCGGACGUGUCGCGAAGACGCUCUUCACCCUACGUUCUGGACAACGGCGGCGUCAUUACCGCCAGCCUCACCAUACCUGUACAACAGUCCUACAAUGUCGAAGACGACAUCCCCUUCAUCGAAGAGGGCGGCGACACGGGGAGGCACCACGUCACGGUGGGAGUCGUCAGGGCGCCGCCCAGGAGGCGGAACGUGUCCGUAGGGAGCGACUCUUCCGUAGCUUCCGGAGUUCAACCCAUCACCGCUUCCCUUUCGCUGGUUCAGAGUUACGAUUCGGCAGUCGGCUCUUCCGCCACGUGCUCCAGCGGGGUGCAGAACACUCCGACGUCGGUGUCGAGCAGUAUCGCCGACGCCGGCCUCAGUUCCCCGCCUUCUUGGGCUUCCACCCCGCCCACAUCACCGGAAAGCGUUCACACCUCCGUGAGCUAUAUUCCGGAGUUGCCCAAGUCGCCGAAAGGUGGCGUCCCUCCAAAAGUAUCCUUCGCCACUGUUAAAGAUGGCAGGGGAUACCAGGAUAUAAGCAAAAGCCCCAGCAUCGAUUCGAGACAGGAACCCAAGUACACGCCCAGCAUAACGACCAUCGGGAACGCGGUGAUGAAAUCGAAAACCGCGGACUUUGAAAGGAUCAUCAAGCCGAAGGCGCAGACUUCCUCGGAGAAGAAAAAGUACACCAAGCGGAGAUACACGGAUUCUAGGCACCCGACCAGGCAUAUCCCGGACUCGGAGUUCCUGGAAUCUUCCGGUACCGCGAAGGGCGAGCAGAAACCCAGCGUGUCGCCCACGGGUCCGGUUUACAAGAGAAGGGAACUGAUAUCCAGCGUGCCUUCGAAGUGAUUCGUGGGCGUUUAGGUCUAGUCAUGUAUAUUUAGUGCUUAAAGUGUCCGUGAAGAUAUUUUCUAAGUGUAAACUUGUGAAAGAGACGCUGCGCGAAUAAAUUGUAUAUAUUUGAGCGAUGGUCUUUUUCCAGUUGUUUCAGUGAAUACGAGACCAAGAACACCAGCAUAAUUCUAACCUGUCCAAGGGACCGUCCGAGCUAAAUUUUUCAAUGAAACUUCCACAGGUUACCGUAAUACUAUUUACAAAUCUUCUGGAUCCAUUCUGCGUUUCACUUUUUACGAAACUUCUGGAUUCCUCCUGCGUCGGUUUAUGCUGAGUCGCGCUUGCUGACGUUUCGCCAAACAUCCUGUUGGCUUCUUCUUCUGUAUCUGCUUAUAUAAUGUUUGUGGAAAACACCAUCUCGGACGACCGACAGGGAUGGGGGAUCAGACGAACAUAACCUCAAAAACUUGCCAGCUAACCAAAACUUGCAAUUGCUACCGAGCUAAGCAGCAUAUUAAAAUCGAUGGGUAAUUAUGUCUUACAUAUGGAGGAAUGAUGAAUAAUUUUCUAUGAAGAUAAUUGUCCGAAAUUUGAAUCUAUGGAUUUGAAAUUUUGCACGAGGUUAAAGACUGGGCCCCUAACGGAACCCAUUGAAAUUGAGAACCACUUUUUUUUUAAACCAAACAAGGACUAUAUCUCGAAAAGCGUUUAUCGGUUCUAAACAAAUCUUCACCGCGAAGAUGCAGAAUAUAAAUGCAGGGUAAACAUUUAUUUUUUUCAUUUUUUUUUUAAAUAUACAGGGUGUGCCGGUAUUUCCAAAAAACUGAUCCUUGUCAUUCAAAAUAUGACAUCUCUAUACAGGCUGUCCCAUAACUAAUCCUACGUGGCAUAAUCGGCGAUUCUUUAGUUAAAAAUAUUAAGAUUUGACGAAACGUUAAUAUUCACAGAGAUACAGAGUGUCAAAAGUGCA